AUUAUAAUUUAAAGAAUUAUAAUUACAUACGAAUUACUUCUUGUCAUUUUGUGAUAUGGUUUCUAUCACUCUCAUUUUCUGGCAUUUCUAACCAGGCGGUGUGAUAAUUAAAUGAAAUCGUUUUGAGGUAAUGUUUUCUUAAUUAUUAUGCGGGCUACUCACCACGAUAUUUUCACGGAAAAUUAUCAGGCUAACCGUGACUUUUUGUACCAUGUGUAUCAUAAAGAUAGGAUUCCUGGCGUAAUGCCAGAUUCUACCCGCACGAUGUUAUCGCACGAUGAUUAAUACGUGUUACAUAGGCGCAAUCAUCAAAUACAUUUUCAGGGAAAAAAGGGGAUGCUUAGGAGUCGCCGUUGAUUCGCAAACAUGUUUAAAUUUACGGAUAUUUUAUAAACGUAGAAAAUACGAUCUGUAUUUAAAAAAAGGUAUGAGUCAUUUUAUAAAUAAUAAAGAUCUACUUUUAACUCUUAAAACACAUAAAUCUAUUUAUUAAAGCUAUUAUUGUUAUUACAAUCGCUACCGCUUCAGUUUAUUUAGUGAUCCGUGUGAAUAAAUCCAACACACGUACAUCUCGACUGCUCGCGCAAUUUUCAUCCCUUAUCAUCCCUUCAAUCGCAGCAGUUCGUUAAACUUCGGAUUUUCUUCCGCGCGAGAGAAAAUGAUUCCAAUUUCCUUCUCGGUACCUUUAGGGCUCACUUCCUGCUAUUUUCCUCGGUCGUUUCUUGCGGGCUGCGUGUGACUCGUUCCUCCGACGAUUGAGUGGUAACUCGUGUUGUUUCCGGCCGAGCACGGACGUUCUCCACUGCACACCUUCGUUCGCUAAUUGAUUUAUCGCUCGCUAACUACCAGAGAAUAUUGAUAUUGAUCGGAGCUAUCGAUGCUUCUAUAUCUAGCGCAACCCAAACUCUAAUUAAUUUCCGAUCAUGAUGAAAAAUAUAUGGCGACAUAUGACGUAGACCUUAAGGAGAAAGAAUAUUCGCGAUGCGCGCGAGUUACACGUGAAUGCUGUUAAUCGAAUAAUGUCUCGAUAGAUAUCUGCAAAAUCCAGUUACGUGACCAUCAGAAUAUUAAUGCUACCUUUUCUUGCACUUUGUUUUAGACUGUGUAUAUGAAUAUAUUGUGAGCUAAUCCAUUCUGAGACUCCACUCAAUCUUAUCCAUGUUUUACUGCUACAUAAAUUCAAUCAAAAUAAGAUAUAAAUGUAAUAUCGAAAAAUAUAAAUCAUUUAUGUGCACCUGGAGAAAUGUCUUUUGCGAACGUACGCUACACACGAACUUUCGUACGUAUAAUUUAUUGGCAAAUAUGUCAAUAAAUUUACUUUGGUGCUGCAUGGUAUCGACUAGUCGUAAAAGCUUAUAGCUAAAGACUGAAAUGUCUUAUAUAUGAUGUAACGUCUCUGCAGUUGACAUGAAAUACAUAAUACAAUUUUUUGUUCUAGUUAGAAAAGAUACGAGCAAAGUUGUUGGAGGCAAGAUUUAAGUGCAGUCUCGUGCGGCUAGGCAUUUCUGACGUUUUACGAUAUUUCUGUUCAUGUGCGACUAAUCAAUUUGUAUAAAUGUUAUUACAGUUGCGACUCAAGCAUUUGCGCGACACGACAGUUGAUUAAAGUUGAAAAUUCAAAAACUAUGCAGUAUACGAAGCGGGAGCCAGAAAUGCAUCGUAAAAAUGUCUCGCGCCAGCUGCGUGUUCGCAAUUGUUUCGAAUUAUAUUGCUAGCACACGUUACUCGAUAAAUCCUGAUAAGCGGUUAUAACCUUCAUGAAACACGUGUAACUAUCAUCAGUCACAUUUCUCGCCAACAGUACACUCAUUUAAACAGAUGAUGUUUCUAAUCUCGUAACAACGCAGGCAGUUUGCAAUGAAUAUUACUCACUUUUGCUAGGUGUUUUUUAUCCACGUAGGUUACGAGUAUUAUAUUUCCCUUAUAAUACUUCUCUAGAAUGUUUAAUCUUUGAAGUAUAUGUAAUUCUUGUAAAACCGGUCCAUUACGUAAAUGAAAAGUAAGUUCUUUGCGGCAGAAUGAAAUGAUACUUUAUGAAUCGAAAUUAAAAUGGUCCGAAAGUUACAUCGUUGAAAGUGGUAUUAAGCUUCUCAGGAAAACUUAGUGGAAAUUUGUUCUCGAAAAUUAUGAAAUUUUAAGUUGAACUAAAACCUGCUCUUUAUAAAUAAUUAUGCUUCGAAGUAAGAAUUAACAUGGAAAACUUUUGCGCCUUCAAGGCGUGCGAUCUAGACGACACGAAACAAUAAGCGUCGCGUAAUUUCAAAUUGGUAGUGACAUAAUUAAGCGUGAGUUUCAGAGAGACAAAUGAAAAAGGAUGAAAAUUUUACUUCAGAUUAAUUAAAUGAAUAUUUUUCAUAUUUUAUAUCUUAACUGAGUGAUAUAUUUUUUGUAAUGUUUAACGUCAGUUUUCCUUGCAUUUACGCUUCUUGCAAUUUUGACGAAGUUUUCAGUUAGUUAGCAUCUAACUGUAGCAGUAACUGCCAAGAACUCAUAUACGUACUUCGCAGGAAGACUUCGUAUUACUCUAUAGGAUUUAAUUCGGUCUCGGUACAGCGAUACACUAACAAAGGGUUCAAGUUGUCACGAGUAUUACGAUUGUUCCCUGUUACAAUUGAUUCACGAGCUAUCCUAUCUCUUUGUGGCUAUUGUAUCGCGAGAGUUUUCAUUAUUGGUUUGCAUCGAGUAAUCGAACGUUUCGAUAGCGUCUCAGCUGUAAGAAGCAUGAAUUUCGAAAUCUUACUAAUGAAUGGCCUCCGAUGACAUGAUUACAAGGCAAUAAUGCAAGUAUCGACUCUAAUUUUCCGAACCAGACGCCUAUUGUUUCAUCGAUAUCUCUCCCUGGGCUUUUCCUUUUCUUUGUUUACUCGAGUUGGUCUUACAAAUUGCGCCGUUUCAAGAUUAUUUAAAACUGCAAUCAAAGAUCCAUAACUUAUGCAGCGCGUUUAACGAAUUUCUCUGCUCCUCCAUCUGAUUAUGUAAAUAGAAUUGAGAACACGUUUACAUUUAGCGUGACGAAGUUUAAACAGAGUACACAAGACAGCUACAAGACACACGAAAAAUUGUGUUUGACUAGUAACGGUAGCGCACAUCGUUUUUCGAAUAAUUGCGAUUUUAUCGAACAGCAACGUGUGCAGAAAACGCAGACGAGGCUCCCACAGCGUUCCAUUUCGUUCCGUUUCGUUUACAACGGCCGUUCGCCAGGGACGAGAAUGCGCUCGAUUCUUCCGAUACAUCCGCCGUUUUAGUCUGCCUACGCGUUUGCAAAUGGCUUUAAAUCGAUCCACGCUUGUUCUCCCAACGCUGGAUGCGCACUCUAUCCGUGACGAUGUGCAAAAUACCUCUUUUUUUCCGACGCGUAAUGCGCUCCGCCGUGAAAUUUUAAUGCAAGAGCGUUUUAAUGAGUCGAGAUGAGAAUUUCAAGAUUCCUACAUCGCGACGGCGUUCAAUUCUGGGCGCAUCAGCGUGCAUUCAACACGGAGGUCAGAUCGAUUAUUAUGCGGUUGCAUAUAAACACAAAUAUUUCUCCGGAAGGAAGCAUGAAAAUAUGUUUUCAAACUUGUCGCUUGGCAUCCUCGAAGCGGAACCCGCUUGUCAGCGCGAGUAGUUAUGGCCAUUGCGCGUGGCGGGUCCUUCUACGAAAUUACAUUACCAUAUCGUGAAGAAACAAGGCUGACAUCUCCAGUUGAAUAAAAGGAAAGCAUUUUUAUGCGGACCAUAUUGUGCAGUCGUGCACUUGCAAGCGAACUCGUCGCGUGCGAACGUACGUGCGAACGAGCGUGCUGAACUCUGUUAAGCGAAUAUUAUGUAUUUACCCCGUUUUCGCCUUUAAAUCGCAGUAAACUUACUUAUGAGUGGGAGGAGAAAACUUACUCCGGUUUCAAAAUUAUUUCUCAUACGGGCUACCAUUUCGAAUGCCCAGCCGCAAACGAUAAGACACGAACACUAGUCUCGCGUGAAUCGAUUAAUUCUGCUUUACGGUAGGGCGACUCUCAUUAGCCCUAGGGGAGGAUCCAUGGUUCCGCAUAAUCCUUUGCUUCCGCAUAAACGGUUAAUGUAUCGAUUAAAAAUAAAUGUCACCUUUACGGCGUGCAUUAUCGCUGCGCACUGUAAACGAUAAAUUAUCGUCGAUAAAGAAUUUUAUGUAAUAUUAAUCCGCCCGUCUUCACCUUGCAUUUAAGAAUGACGUUGGCCCCACGAUUAAGAUAUAAAUCUGUACUGUCUGCCCCACUUACUUACCCCCGUUGUGGUCCACGUAAAAUUGCAGACCUACCACCACCUUGAAGAUUUGAUCAAGUUCGUGUCACGUUCGGAGAAGCACGCAUAUGCCCGGGAUAUCUGCGUAAAUAUAGCAUUGUCGGCGAGAAAACGGGACGAUGGAAAUAAAUCGUUUCUCCCCAUAUUUUCUGCCCCUCAUCGCGCGCCACCCCGAUUAAUGGUGGCGCGGAGAGGAGGCGUUCCAUAAAGCGACGCGACUGAUACGACGUAGCCUGCCACAACGAUUGUGAAUGACAAGGGGCACGUAUGCGUAUGUAUAUGUAAAGUAUAUAAUAGUGAUACUCUCUCGCGAGUUUGAUUUUUCUUUUGAACUUGCAAAGGGGAGAAAAAAUACGAAGGAAGGAGCUGACGAUCAAUACUGCCUCGGAAUUGCACAUGUCAAAAAUAGUCAAGGAGGACGUGAGUCUCCUUACCUCCUUACAAGUAAUAAACUAAUAAUUAAUUUUUUUUCUACGAAAUCAUCGCGCGCAUAAUAAGCUCGAGAACGCAUCGCGAUCAAUAAUGUAUCAGCAUGCAGAACACUUCUAACAAUUUUCGGUAAAAAGAUUUCGUCUUACAUGAUUUCUCGGCUCAUUCUUUUGCCAAGAAGUUCCGCGGUUUGUAAGCGAGUUAUGGUUCCGAAGAACCGCUUCGGCGAUCGCACAUAAGUCAAAAGCUCCCUAUCUAAGACCUAGUUACGUCCGCUUCCAUAACGCUCGAGGCUGGAACAUGUAGGUUCCAUUGAACAAACGUUUUUGUGCCGUUGCAGUACGUUCGUAGAAACUGUACUGCUUCUGCGAGCAUGUAGGUACAGAGAGUCCUAGAUCUAUCAAUCCGCUUUUCGUUUGCAGGUCCUUUAAUUUGUUGAGUGGAUCAGAAUAUUCCUAAUAACGGUUCUGUCGACGGAUGAUUAAAUUUGAUUAAAACUGAAACGCUUUUCGGGAAUUGAGAUCUAAAGAUCUGCGAGUGACAUCUCAUUCCUCAUCUGGAAAAAUUUGUUAUACGGUCAAAAUGGUCAGAACCUAGACGGGCAACGGUACAAUCAGGAAGAUUGUUUUAAAUGCCGCCUUUGCUGACAGGAUGGGCACGAGCAGCGCCACUCCUGGGGAUUUAAUUAAGCAAAGAGCGUUCGUUAUACGCAACGGGGUUUCAAAAAUCGUACGACCGACUAUCCUCUAGGUCUAGAUGGUUAGUAAUGCAAUUUGAAUUAGCGGGCAACAUUGUUCGCCGUCACGCAUACGUUGCCUUCCAGGCACGGGCAAUCUUAUAAUUAAUGACAACUUUAUAUGGUCAUCGGGAACAUGCCUCUCGGUAAUUAUUUUUAAACUAUAUCGGCGAAUACAUGAAAAAAACUUGAUUAACGUUGCGUACAAACCUCGAGAGAAUGGCUCCCCUUACUGUGACGUGGAAUCAAUCUGACGCUAAGAAUAAUAAAUUAAAAAUAUAGAUAAAUGAGAAUAAACGAAAAUAAAAAGAUUGAAUUAAAAAAAAACUCCAAGUUGCAAAGCGGACAUAUUAUUUGCCGUCGUUGUCAUGACGCGCAAUGACUGCUGUUACUGUAAUAACUUGCUGCUGUAAUAAAGCUCAGAGCUUAGUAUGGUACAAUCAAGAGCGUUCGUCUGUCGGUAAACUAGGGUGGUUCUGACGCACCCGGAGCUUAUAGUCGGUAAGCUUUUACGAAAUAAAGCUUCCAUCAUUCGUCAUAAUCGGUAAAGCUUCCUCGAGCAGUACGGUUCUCCAUAGAUAUGAAAUUGCUGAUUUACGCAGAUGAUAAAACGUGGACUAAACUGGAUUAACUUUAAGAGUGAUGCGCUCUUAAGCAACAAGUGAUUAAAUAAAUGAUCAGACUGAUGAGCAGAAGAAGAAGAAUAAUAUACGCCAAUAAUUCGCUCAUUAAUUGUCCACUGUUAUUCAAUAAUUAGCGUAAAUAUUGUAAUAAUGCGAAAAUAAAGAAAAACUGGAAGCUUGACAAAAGCCAAGCUUCGUUACAUUCACUGUCAUUGUGUCGUAUAAAACGUUCACAACAGUGAAAUUUUCCUGCCCGGUAUCAUCGCGAAAUAUUUGUUUGCGAAGAACUGACGUUUUAUUUACGUCGAAAAGUCAUUGUUCAGCAAUGAAUCGAGAUAAUAAAAGAAAUGAAAGUUCCGAAGUAAAUACGAAAGAUACCAAACGAAGAUCGAAUAUGUCGCCGCGUUAAGUAUGACCUAGAUAUCUCGUGGAGCCGUGCAGAUGCACGCAGCGACCGAAAUUAAAAAGCCAGAAAUAAUAUUCCUCCAUUUUCCCGUAUUUUUUCCAUUCCACGAUCGCCCUAGGAGGCCUUUCUUCCUCAUGACGAAGGAGAGGCCGCCCAAUACUCGGCGUCUUUCGUCGCAUCGAUUGUCCGAGGAAUAAUGGACGACCUUGGGGCAGAAGAGAAUUCGUGUACGGGACGCACCUUCACUGAAACUCGUGGAACGAAGACCAUUCUUCAACUGCGAAAAUGUCAUCUCGGCUGCAACAUCACGCGGAUGUGACGUCUACGUGUAUCCUGUCGAGUUACGUUCGACGAUGCAAGUUCGAUCACUCGUAAUGGCUUGUCAUUAUAACUUUCGCUAUUCGCACGUAAACUUGGAGAUGCCAUUUGACUUGCAAAAAGCAGAAAAUGCUUGAAACUCGCAAAAAGCACGAACUCGAGGAACGUAAGUGUACGCGCGCGCGCGCGCGGUAUAUAAUUUGUUAAAUCAAAUGUUUCUCGUUGCGAGAAUCUUCAAUUUAAUUUUAUUUUUCGCAUCUUUUCGUAUGACAACAAAAUAAAUGAUAAAUAAACGAAAAAUUAAUUUAAUUCUAUUCGAAUAUUUUUAGUCAAUAUUGCACAUCAAAAUAAAUUCUGUUGACUUCGCGAUAUAUGCAAUCUCGAAUGGAAUUUUUUUACGUUUCGUGUAUUCUUGAUGUAGAAAUCCGCAAAAUGUCGCGAGAAGGAAGAGAAGGAUUAGCCAUAGCGUGCAUUUACAUCUCUCUCAUGUUGAACGACACUGUUCGCUGGAAAUGCAUUCCGAUGAUAAUUAGCGAUCAGCUACUCGUAUUGUGGAAAGCGAAACAAUGGCGCGCAUUUUCAUCGCAUAUUUGGAACCGAGUAGCUCCAUUUCUCUCUCUCUCUCUACCUUGCUCUCUUCCGAUUUUAUCCAUCUCACAGAAAGGCUCUGCUUUCAAUGGACACGUGAAAUGGCCACUUUUCAGAUAGCCGCUUUUAGAAGUAUCUCGGCCGCCAGAUAUACUCCGACAUUAAACAUCUCUCGGCAAAAGAAAUCUGCACGUAAAUCACAUUUUAUUUUUCCUACAGGAACAACUUCGAUAUAUGGAUAACGACUUCGAUAUAACUAAUACGUAACUCAGCGAAACGUAGACAGUCAUGACAGUCGUUUGCGUCAAGUAUGUUUUUAAUAUUCAUUAUCUUCGUGGCCAUUAAUUUAUUUUUAACGCGCGGCUCAAAGAACGGAACGCCGUGCGUUCUCUAACGUGGAAAAUUCAACUACGACUCCUCGGAAGUUCAAUAACGCGCGACCGACUUUUAUUUCUUCUUACCGCGAUGCUUUCAAUUCAGUAGUCUCCACAGCUGAUACCAGAACAGUAACGGAAAUAAUGCGCCUCUGGCGUUUCCCGAUACCUCGUUGCCUUGGGAAUUUCGGUAUGACAAAUGAGGACGGCUUUCUUAUAUUUCAUUGAUCCGUUGCGAAGAGACAACGAUGAUCUAGCAACAAAUAAAAGGACAGUGACGACAAGUUGCAUCUUGUAUCGUGGAAAUCAUGCAUGUUCCGUAUAUUAAUUUCUCAACUUCAUUUUUCCGCUUAUUUAUUAUUAUAUAUUUAUAUAUUAAUAUUUUAUUUGAACAUUUCAUUUAACACAUUGUAUUAUUUAUCAUUUUAUUAUUAUAUAGUUUUGUCAUGUUACUUCAUGCUGCUUAUGUAUCAUUGACAUUUUAUUUAAUGCUUGCUCUCUUCUGCCCAUACAAUUCCGCGGGUGUUUGAUUUCUGCUACAUUACCAUUUAAUCUUCGAGCUUUAGAGAGAAGGGUUGCAUUGAGCACGUGUCGCGAAUUGUUUCCGCGCAUAUGAUAUUUUACGGAAAUAUAAAGCGCAUUCGCAAUUAUAAAAAUAAAACAAAAGGAAAUACGAGAGGUAAAUAAGUAUUUUGGUAUCAAUAUUUGCGCUGGUCAUUCGUGCGUGUAGAGUUAUGAAUGAAAAAAGCUUGCCGAACCGAGAAGAUAUCGCAUAUUUGGGAAUUUCACCCUGCGUUUUGUACGUUCGCACAAAAAUGUCAAUAGUUUCUUUCGAUAUAGCCUGCAUCAUCUCUUCUUUGUCGUUGCCUUCCUCACUCUUGUUUUUCAUCUAGUCGCUCUUACCGUGAUCCAAAGUCGUCCAACCUUGUAUAGAGUGUUUCAUUUAAAUUCCAAGACGCGUUAUAUAGCAUCUUGAGACAUAAGUCCACGCUCAAGGAUUGCAAUAUAUGGCAACGGUGAGAGAACAGGAUCAAUUCUUUUUUUUUUCGUUUCUUUUUUCACUAUGUCAUUUAGAUUUUCAGUCAUGAAGUGUUGCGAGACGUAAACGCUCGGUUUAUUUCCAGAAAAUACCUCUCUCUUUCUCUCUCUCUUUUUCUCUGUAACUUUUACAACAUUUUUAUGGUAAUACAUAUUGCCUUUCUAGAAAUAAAGUAAAGUUGACAACAUAAUUUAGUAUGCUUGAGGUGCAUAAGCUAGAUAUAAUAAUGCUGGCACACAUAUAAAACAGAAUGGCUGAAGAAAUGCGCGUGUACAGAUUGGAUAAACUUUAUCCGUCAGCUAGAGAUACUUUCUUCUCAUAAUAACUUCAAAAAAAAACAACACAAUACUAUGAAUAAUAUCUUUUGCCUUCCGGAUCAUGAAAAUGUUUCUUCUACUAAAUUUAAACUCCAAUUCCUAAUCGCAAUCUUGAAAACCAACUGACAAGUCAGAAUAUUUUUAAAUCUUACGUAUUAUAUAUAACAAUUUCUAUUUAUAAAAUCAGAAUUACAGCGUUUCGCGAAACACUAUUCAAAAUCAAAGAUGAAACAAGAACUUUAGGAUGUAAAAAAAGUUAUCUUUUCAACUGAUGGAAUCAUUUUGUUAACCAUGUGAUCAUUAACGCGCAUUCUUGCGGGGCUUUCGAGCAUCGCGCGACGCAUCGCGUCGCGAUUGAGCUUUCUGCUUGAGCUUGGUCCUCACAGUGGUCCGGGAUUUCUUUCGCGAGCGGCGAGGUGGCGCCAACGUGGCGAAAGCUCCGAGUUCCAGCUCGAAGCUCGAGAGGAUCGAGGUGUAUGCCAGCGAGGGUGCUCCUCGCGAGAGCUUCAGUCAGUGAUGCGACUCCGUUACGGUCAGACCGAAGCGACCUCGUCCGCGUGCCGCGAACGCUCGCCAGGCGCAACAGGACGCGCGCUCGUCUGACUCGAGUCGAACACGUUCCACUGUGAUAUGCGCGGCGGAGCCGCCGAAUCCAGCCUCGCGGCCGUUCGUAGUAAUUCGGCGAGUAAUCGGACGGAAACGUCCGAUCGCGAUCGCGCGACCGGCUCGGCGUAAUCAGUGCCCCGCGAUGCAACGUCGCGACACCAUGCCCGUGAGGGUUGCUAUCGGCGAAAAGUGAAAUUAGAUUAGCCGAUUGGAGUCCAGUGGAACGAAGGAAAUUAUGUGGGCCGCGGUGUCAAGAUCUCUGGAGAUACUCGUUGCCUUCUUCGAAUACUACACCACCAGAGCGCAAUUAGAGACAACCGGCAGUCCCGCAAGUAAAUCUCCGGCAGGCGGAAGUGGUGGUCCCACGAGUGGUGCAGCAGGUGCGACGUCAGCCCCGGGUAGCGGUGCCAGCAAUGCCGGAAGUGCGGAACCCCGUACACCUACCGCCGGGCCACAGAAUAAGCAACUGCAAAAUGUCAAAGGAGAACACCCCUCGAAAGCGUUUCUACAGAGCAGGUCCAUCUCCUUGGUCGACAUGUACAUCGAUAAUUCGGAGCCGAGCGAGAACGUCGGCCAGAUCCACUUCAGCCUCGAGUAUGACUUCCAGAACAGCACGCUCAUUUUGCGCAUCAUACAGGGUAAGGAUCUGCCGGCGAAAGACUUAUCAGGUACUUCCGAUCCGUACGUCCGUGUUACAUUGCUUCCGGACAAGAAACACCGACUCGAGACGAAAAUCAAAAGGCGCACGCUGAAUCCGCGAUGGAACGAGACGUUUUACUUUGAAGGUUUCCCCAUACAGAAGCUGCAGAGCAGAGUAUUACAUCUGCACGUCUUCGACUACGAUCGAUUCUCGAGGGACGACUCCAUAGGGGAAAUGUUUCUGCCGCUUUGCCAGGUGGAUCUAUCGGAGAAACCGUCGUUUUGGAAGGCUCUUAAGCCGCCGGCUAAAGACAAAUGCGGAGAACUCUUGUGCUCGUUGUGCUAUCACCCGAGUAAUUCCAUAUUGACGUUGACUCUUCUGAAAGCGAGGAAUCUCAAGGCUAAGGAUAUCAACGGGAAAUCAGAUCCAUACGUGAAGGUAUGGCUACAGUUUGGCGACAAGAGAGUCGAGAAGCGCAAGACCCCAAUUUUCAAAUGCACUUUGAAUCCAGUAUUCAACGAGGUAUUCUCCUUCAAUGUACCUUGGGAGAAGAUUAGAGAGUGCUCCUUGGACGUGAUGGUAAUGGAUUUCGACAACAUUGGACGCAAUGAACUAAUCGGUCGGAUUCAGCUCGCAGGAAAAAAUGGAAGUGGCGCGAGCGAAACGAAGCAUUGGCAGGAUAUGAUUACAAAGCCAAGGCAGACCAUUGUGCAGUGGCACCGCUUGAAGCCCGAGUAAAGGACACGCUUCCUCCCCGAUCGACGACAAAUGAUAUUCUGUCGAGCAAGAGUUCCCUGGGCAGGUUCCCCGCCGCCCGUUCCAACUUACGUUAUAACGAAGCAACUGUUUUUUCUCUUUUCUUUUGCUCGAUAUCCCCGCAACCGAUCUCGACCGAGUGCCAUUCGACGACUGUACAAUACUCCCGAUUACGCUCCAGGGCGCUCUUGGCGACGCUGGUCGUCGCGGGUUCGCGCCGAUCCAACGAUUAGGCAAGAGAGCAUCCCCGCGUUGUCUCGGUUGUAAUUAAGCUAUCAUCGUGCGCUAAUGAGCAACGGAUCGUCGGCAUACCGAUUGACGAAACAACGAUGAACCUUCAAUCUUCAUGCUACCAAGCGAGCACCUUCCGGUCGCUGUGGCACUACAUGUGGCGUUUUCGAUCGUUUGCUACCGCAUCGCUUGGUACCGCGAGGGUUGGCGGCGAGACGCGUUAGAUCCUUGUAAAAAUGAUGAUCGCUUCGAUGGCAGCAAGAAGAAGAACGACAGCUACGAAUGAAACUCAAAGUACCGUCGCAGCGAAGUCGAGAAGCUCUACCGGGGGUGCGUCAGACGCCGCUUUCUGUUCUCACCCUCUUCCUCUCCCCUCCUUCCGUGUCCAUCAUUGCCGCCCGGUGCGGCGUUUAGCGAUACGGAUAACAUGAAAUUUCACCGUGAGUACUCAGCCAAUUCGCUCCAGGACGAACAGAUCCAAGCGUUUGUUCGCCAAACAAUACAGACGCCUGAAGGAUCUUUUAAUCUUUCGGACGUUGUUUGAACGUCUCUUGAACAGCGAUCUUGAAGAUCGUACGUGCUUCUGUGUUGUUUGGACGUACAUGCGCCUGCGGCGAGAUCACGUCCGAGUCGUGAUGGAACUUUAGAAUUAAAGGGGCAAGCGGGUGAAGGAGAGGUAUGUCACACUUCUUAGGAAGGAAGUGUUACCUUUAUGGACAGAUUAGUGUUGUUUUAGCACGUGUAAUACCCGUUUAGCGAUGUUAUAGCUCUUAGUGAAGUUCGUCCGUGGAUGGAGCGCUACGCUGAAUUUCGCUACUGUGAUCAUCAACUCGGAAUUAAAGGCGAUAAUCACAAAAAACAAUACGACUUACGUAACGUAUCGUCCUCUUUCGCUUGUCCCUUUAACUAUUCACAUUGUAGAGAAAAUUACUUCGCGUCAAGGAAAAGACACUUGAAUAGCAAGAUCGCGAUGUUUCCUUCUGAAACGACGAGUUAAUUUAACGGUUUAAAUGUUAGAACGCUACACGCGCGCGCGCGCAUAUGUAUAUUUACAUAACUUAAAAUAUUUCUUUUUCCACGAAGAUUUGACAAAAAGUGAUGCUUUUGAUCUUCUAGAUAAUUUCAAAAAUAAUUACUUUUGCAUUCGCGGACGUAGGUAUCGUCGUAAUGUCAUCACUCUCUUACCUGAGAACGCGUCGGGGAUGAAGUAGCCCUCGCAAUUACAUGGUGAUCUACAUUCAAUGUGACUUUCGGAAUUACUUUGUUAAUGAAGUUUCGAGACCGGACGACCCCGUCGCUAACGACGCUUGCUUACGGACUAUAGUUAUUUACAGGCGAUCGCUCUACGUACUCCACUUCCAGGGAUAAUCCAGUUUAGUGGGUUUCAGGUGUUAACUCCGCUUGAAAAUAUUUUGGCUUUGUGCGCGUACAGUUUCUCUAUCUAUCGUACUUUCACGAAAGUACAUGCGACGAAUCGGUUUUGUCGUGACGACUUCGACUCGCGGUCAUCGAGUUAACGGUGAGAGAGCGGAGAUAAUGUCGAAUAUCUCGCAAAAAGCGCAGAACAUGUACAACUAGUUUUCAACUUGAUCUUUGUGAUGUAGGACGCUUCGAGACUGCGGAAAAAAAAAUUAUAACUGGCGAGAUAAUAAGUAAUAACGUAAAACUGUGUUACUACCAGAGUGUGCCCCUCCCACGGGCGAACGUUCUGAGAUAGUCCGUAGGAGACAAGCGAUAUAUCUUCGUAGGGAUGGGCAAUGUAAUUAGCGUGCGUACCCAGACACACCGGUUAUUCUAAAUAAUCGGCUACUCGAAUCGUGUUGCUGAAAAUAUGAGCAAUAAUUAUUCAAACAAUGUCGAAAAGAGUAAAAGUCUGGUGGCCAUUCGAGAGGCAUCCUGAUGGCGCUUAGAUAAAAGAUAGACAAGAAUAUUAAUCAUUAAAACGAUAACUCAAUGUUCAUAGUUCGCGCAAGUGUUUUUCGUUUUUCGAUAUUUUAGAUUCUCAUCUAACAGGAGCGAUAGUUGAGUAGCAAUUAAAUGAUACCGUCUACAUUCGACGCAUCAGCUUCAUUACAGAGUUGCUACUCAACUGUUGACUCUGUCUCGCAUCAUUUUGGCAUACGCAGUUUAACGAAAUUCUUUCUUCUGAAAUUAGUAUAGUACUUUAAUGUCGAUACAUUACACAGGGUUAUUCAGAGAGAACAAUACUAUUUAUACUGAUUAAUCAAAAGUACGUGAUUAUUUGUCGAAAUGAUCGAUUUGUUUCGCCCAUCCCUACUACAUUGUUAAUUACGCUUGGUUGAUUGCUAGCGUUGAUUGCGAUUUUACCGAAGUAACUUACACGAAUUUCCCCCGUGGCGUGACUUUCGAUUAUUACCAAAGCCCGAUAUAAGGGAGAGAUAUUUUUGACGGCACUUUUGUAUUGAUAAAGCCAGGGCGAUCUCUUGGGAUUAUUCACGCGCUAAAAUGCGAACGGUGUACCUAAUACAUGCACCGAAAAAAGAGAGAGAGAGAGCGAGAGAAAGAGAGAGAGAGAGAGAGAGAGAGAGAGAGAAAAAAGUGAGAAUGAGAGAAUAAUGUUACGUUUUAUCUGAUAGUCUGCUGUUGUUAACAAUAAUAUAGAAACACGAGCCGAAUUCAAUGCGCGAAUUUGCCUCGGUACACUCGAGGAGUGUACGCCGUUGAUGUAAAGAAAGGACAAAACGAUCCAUGUUAUAUUUAAACCAAAAGUUUAGCGUUAAACGUCUAUUCGCGUUCGGAAAGUUCGUCGAUGUUGGUAGUCAUCGCUGGGGCGAAUUCGUCCCAGGUAACGGAGAAGCCAAAUGAGAUUGUCACUCGUCAGAGAACGAGUGAUCAUGAAAAAGAGAGAGAGAAAGAGGGAGAGAGAGAAAGAGAGUUCAAUCCACUUACUUUAAACCUUGAAGACAAGUGGCGGAAGACGUAGCAUUGCCACUCUAACAAAUUCAAUCUGUCUCUUUUUGUAGCAUCUACCCCCUUAAUUAUAUUCCCCCUUUCUGUUCUUGCUUUGAGACACGAUUGAUCCAAUUUUUCGUUGCAGUCGCGAUAAUAGCAAUAUCAGUGAUACCAUACUCGUUCUGUACAGUAACUUGUAUUGUAUAAACUUUGCAUAUAUUUUAUAUAUUUUUAUUUCGAUGUGCAUCGAGAUAAGAACUUCUCCACCAACAACAACGCGUACUUCCCCACCGAUGAACCUUCCGAACGCAAACCAGACGCUUUAGUGACGUUUCCUCGCGUACUAACGGUCACCGGGAUAUUUCGCGGAUAUCAAGGUAUCGCGAGAUUACGGAUAUCGAGGACCGCCAGCACGUUUCUUUCUUAUGCAUAUGUUCUGGACGUGAUGAAGUAGGAGUAUCGUUACAUUACAAAAAAAAAA